AUGGGCCUGUCUCCUCCAAAGGCCCCGGAGGUCCUGCAGAGUACCCAGAACAGAGAGUACCCACAGGACAGGGUGCCCACAGAGGAGAGUAACUACGGGACAGAGUACACACAGGACAGAGUACCCACAGGAGAGAGUACCCACAGGAGAGAGUACCCUCAGGAGAAAGUACCCUCAGGAGAGACAGGAGAGAGUACCCACAGGAGAGACAGGAGAGAGUACCCACAGGAGAGACAGGAGAGAGUACCCACAGGAGAGACUGGAGAGAGUACCCACAGGAGAGACAGGAGAGAGUACCCACAGGAGAGAGUACCCACAGGAGAGACUGGAGAGAGUACCCACAGGAGAGACAGGAGAGAGUACCCACAGGAGAGACAGGAGAGAGUACCCACAGGAGAGAGUACCCACAGGAGAGACUGGAGAGAGUACCCACAGGAGAGACAGGAGAGAGUACCCACAGGAGAGAGUACCCACAGGAGAGACUGGAGAGAGUACCCACGGGAGAGAGUACCCACAGGAGAGACAGGAGAGAGUACCCACAGGAGAGACAGGAGAGAGUACCCACGGCAGAGAGUACCAGUACCAGUCGGACCUGGCAGGAAGUCACAUGACGCCACUCUCCAGCAGCGCGCAGAGGACCGCAGCUGA